AUGAGUUUAACCGAUAAUUUUGAAUUGAGCUCUGAAUUUGCUCACAAGUCAGCUACUCAUCGAGAUCAAGUGACGUCGUUGACAACUCAACGAAAAUCACCAACACACGCAAAAAAAAUGAACCCAUUCAAAGGUGGUUCUGGUGGAUGCAAAAGGCUCAAGCCAAAAUCGGCAAAGGUUGAAGUCAAGGCAGAGUUAGUGAUUAAAGAAGAGCCCAAUAGGGAUGAUGUCAUGAGCAAACCACGGCCGAGAGUUGAUGGAAGAUAUCGUGCGAAUUACAAUGGACCGUUCGACUUUGACUAUGACUUCGAUGUAGUAAAGGAUGAAAUCAAAUGUGAGGAAGAAGAGACGGGCACAGAAAAGGACUCGGCACCUCGUGAACGAUCGAAUGACAGCGCUGCCGCAAAUGAUGAUGACAACGAAGAGCCUAUGGGAGACGCAUUCGAUGUGCAACCACCGCAACCAAUCGGUAGCGGGAAUAAACGGAAUGGAAUCUCCAAAAGACGAGACAAACGAACGAUUCCCAGGAAUCAAGCGACCAAAAAGCAAACGAAGCACAAAUGUCCUGUGUGCAAUCAUUUUACAGAUCGAAACGAUCAGUUUCCAUUCCAAUGCUCCAAAUGCUUCGGAGGAUUCGCAACCGAAGAUGGAAAAGAGGUUCAUGAAGAUAGAUGUGGCCACCGUCAGUAUCAAUGCCAUUUGUGCAAAGAGCAUCGUCGAGACAAACAAUAUUUGAAGAUUCACAUGCGAAAUGAUCACACCGGAGAGCGAAUUCAAUGCAAAGUGUGUGCAGCAGGCUUUGUCAUCGAAGGUAGUGCCGAUCGACACAUGAAAACAGUUGACACACUUCAGAAACUUUAUUUCAAGAAUUUGAACUCAUAUCCAAAUAACAUUUAG